AAAAAAGCUAGAAUGUCUUGUUAAUUCAUGACUUGGUUGUAUGUUGCAAUUCUUCCUGCAAGCACGCAGUCAAUUUAAGUUGUCUAGAUGCGUGUACUCCGAGCCAUGACAGACACUCAAAUUUAGCGAGAAGAUCCAAAGUUUUGAACCCGUACAGAAUGAAAUCGACAUGGUUAAAUUUGACACGUAUCCAGUGGCAAGUAAAAAGCCUUCUUUUUACUUGCAUGAAAGAAAAAAAAACUUUUCAACUUUCUUUUACCUUGUGUCCUUGGGUUUGCCCUUCUUUUCUUCGGAUACACUACGAUGGUUUCCGUAAGGGGUUUCUGGACCUUGUUUCGUAAUAUGAACCCCCUCUUUUUCCCCUCUUAUUAUAAGUCGCCUACGUCAUCGUUUUCUUAGCUUUAUCUGGGGAAACUUUAUAAAGGUCCCGCCCAGUUUAUACCAUACAUGACGAAAAGGGAGGAGAUAUACUGUUUAGCCUAUCCUAUUGAUGUUUCGUUUCUUGUUUCUUCCGAGCCAAUUAGCGAAUUCCGCACAUUUCAGGGGUUGUUAGUUGAAUGAUCGUGAAACCAUCGUUUAUAUACUGGUGUUGGUCUCUCUUUGUUGCAGAGCCAAACUAUUAUCUCGUUUCAUUAGGAUUCUUACCUACCUAUUAUCGUUUCGUUUGUGUUUAUAUUUCAUUUAUUUACACACUUUAUUGGUAGGUCCUCUUAUUUCGUUUGUUUCUUUCUUUUUUUUAUUGGGUGUUUCGUCUCAUAUAUAAUAAUUGGGUUUAUUAUUAUUUCCUUUUUGUAUACCCUUCCUUUGCCCGCCGAGCCUUUACCCGCUAUUAUUUUUUGUCUUUCCUUUCCUGUGUCCACUUUCUCAAUCUCUUACUGUGGUAGCUCUCUCUUGUUUCCCUAGAGUUAGUUUGUUUACUUUUUUUCUUGGGGUCUAGGCUCGUUUUCUUCUUUUUCAUUUGCAUUGUUCUUUCUACUUUUUUGACUUGUCAAGUUUCUAUCAUUCUUCUCGUCUUUUUAUUUUUGUUUAUAUUCAGACUUUGCAUCUGUCUAUUUGCUUUAGAAAGAACUCCUAGCACAUCCUUUGGUUGUGUAUUUACUGUAUCCUUUGUGUAUUUCCUUCUUCUUCUGGGUUGAAUUGUUUUUCUCUUGUCUCUUGUCUCUGCCUUGGUUUUGGUGUUCGUUUUCUGUCUUUUCGUUUGGUCAAUCCUGUCGAUCUCUGGUUUUCUAAAAGAUUCGUUAUCGGUAACCUUGUUUCAUUCUUCCUUCUUGGGUUUCAUACGGGCUGAAUUCUGUCACUGGUUCUGUCGCCGCCUUUGUUCACUUUAUUGUUAAUUUUUUUACUUAUCUACUUGAGCUCUCUUUCUCCCUCUCUCUCUCUUCUUAGCUCGUUUGCAUGACCAGGGUCUAACAUCUGUGUUUUUCAUUUCGUCUCUUAUUCAUUAAAAUCCUUGUUAUUCUUUUAUUGUUUUCCUUCUCUACUACCAGUCGUCCAUUCCCUUUUAUGUCUAACAACGUAUCGUUUUUGUCUGCCCCACCUAACCCAAACUACUCUUUCCCCUACACCUAUCCCUCCAAUCCCUCUUCGACCGCACCUUCCCAACAAGUCGCUCUUCCUUCUUCUUCGAAUCCUUUGUAUUCAUAUCCUUCUGCUCCUGUUACAUAUCCUUCUUCUUCAAACUCCUCUGCUACUUCCAUCAAUGUCCCUCCUCCACACUCUUCUUUUUCCGCUCCCAACCAUCCCCAUUCCCUUCCUGCCAUUACUUCUUCCUUUUCUCUUUCAUCCCUCUCGUCUGCCGUCAAUCCUGCCCAGCCCUCCAACGAUAUUCCCUUAUCCGAACCGCUUACCUCUUUUCUCCCUGCAUUCUCUCAGGGAUCUCCCAAAUCAAACAUCUCUCCACCACAGCCUUCUACCUCAGCCCCUAUCAGCACUCACAUAGACUCAAAUACUUUUGAUGCACACAAACAAUCCUAUGCCUCAUCUCCCUACUACUCCAAUACAUAUCCCGGAACUUCUUCAUACUAUGCAUUUGGCAAAGACCCUGCUAAUGAUUGGUGUCCCGACAUGGAGGGUCAUCAACUCCCUCUCUCUCAUCCAGCACCUGCCUAUACUGACAGACCUCUAUAUAAACGUUAUUCAUCUGGUUCUUUAAACCCCAAUUAUAAGUCACCUCACGUUGAUUCCGAAGCUUACCAUCUUCCUCAUACCAACGACCUGCGUAGGCAGCGUUCUUACUUGACUUCCUCGGAUUCUUUUACCCUUCCUUCUUUUCCCAGAGAUUAUUGUCCUUCUUCGGAGCCCUCUCUCGUUAUGGCACAACCUUCCAGUGACUCUGUUGCUGCAAGUGUACCUUCUUAUAGCACGCUGGUUUCGCACUUACCUCCUUCACCCAAUCUGACCCCUGUUAAUAUCAGUUUGCCCAUCGUCUCUCCUGAUUCUUCUGUGGAUACCCGGGAGAGGAAAGAGAAACUGCCAGGUACUUCCUCCACGUUCUUCUUCGGCACUCCUUCACCAAGGGCUGCCUCUGAAAAACCAGACGUAGAAAAUGUUCCUUCCUUACCGUCUCUGCGGGACCCCGUACUGCUAGACGAUGCACAAAAGUCAGUGUUAAGUAAAAAACAGAGCCCAAACAAAACAAGAAGAUCGUCGCGUUCCAAAAUACAAGCCCCUCGUUCACCAGGCGGCACUUCUUUUGUUUGCCAUAUCUGUCAGAAAAAAUUUAAGCGAUCCGAGCAUUUACGUAGGCAUAUUCAUUCCCUUCACACUACCGAUAAGCCCUUUGUUUGUUUUUGCGGGAAACGCUUUUCACGAAGAGAUAAUUUACGGCAACAUGAGAGAAUGCAUGCCAAUUCUGGCUCUUAUUUUACUCGGUCCUUAAAGAAUAGUAAUUUGUCUCCUAUUUUACCCCCUGCAUCCUCCAUUGCCCCAACCUCCGUGCCAAUGUCUGUGAAGGAUCCGAUGUUAAACAAGUCUCUUUUAAGCGAGCAUCAUCCUGUCCUACUCCCUAAGGUCUCCUUGUUCCCAAUGUAUUCUUCUGCUGAUCCUAAAACGCCCGUGGCGUAUCAGGGUGCUAAUAACAGCACUAUGCCAAUCGUGCAACUUCCUAUUACUGCUCCUAAUAAUUUACCAGUUGGUAUGAAUGAUGACUAUAAUUUCAGUACUAUGUAAAAAUAUUUAUAAAAAUAGAACAAAACCAUGUCAUAUACCCUUUGUUGUGGAUGUGUACCAUAGGGUGGAUUAUUAUUAUACUAGAGAACGUGGUUAUUUAUUAAAGCUUGAUAACUAUUUUACCAGGACGUAAUUAAUUGUUCCAACUUGUAUUAUUUUAAUUUUAAUUUUAAAAGUGUCUAUUACUUUAAAUAUGAUAAAUGUUUUU